AUGUGGAAGCUGAAGGUUUCUGAAGGGAAUGAUGGGUGGGUUAAGAGCGUGUGUAAUCAUAUUGGAAGACAAUAUUGGGAGUUCGACCCGAAUCUUGGAACACCCGAAGAGCGAGCUCAAGUGGAGAGAGCCCGUCAUGGGUUUAAGAUUAAUAGGUUUCAAGCUAAACAAAGUUCUGAUCUCUUGAUGAGACUUCAGUUUGCAAAGAAUAAUCCAAGUGAGAUGAUGCUACCUGAGGUGAAAGUUAAAAGUGAAAGAGAAAUAAGUGAGGAAGCAGUGGCAACGGUAUUGAGAAGAGCCUUGAGAUUCUAUUCAACUCUGCAGGGUGAAGAUGGGUUCUGGCCGGGUGACUAUGGUGGACCACUAUUUCUCCUGCCUGGCUUGGUCAUCGGCUUGUCUGUAAUGGGGGCCCUCAAUACAAUCUUUUCGCCGGAGCAUCGCCAUGAGAUCUGCCGCUAUCUAUAUAACCAUCAGAAUAGAGAUGGAGGGUGGGGAUUACAUAUAGAAGGGCCUAGCACAAUGUUCGGCACAGGUCUCUGCUACGUCACCUUACGAUUGCUAGGAGAAGCAAUGGAUGGUGGAGAUGGUGCCAUGGAGAAGGCAAGGGAAUGGAUUCUUCAUCGCGGUGGCGUCACCUCCAUUCCAUCAUGGGGGAAAAUGUGGCUUUCAGUACUCGGAGUCUACGAGUGGAGUGGCAAUAAUCCACUUCCUCCUGAAAUAUGGCUUCUUCCUUACUUUCUCCCCAUACACCCAGGACGAAUGUGGUGUCACUGUAGGAUGGUAUAUCUGCCCAUGUCUUAUUUGUAUGGGAGAAGAUACGUGGGUCCUGUCAACGGCAUUAUUCUGUCCCUCAGAAAAGAGCUCUAUACCCUACGAUAUCAUCUUAUUAAUUGGGACAAAGCUAGAAAUUUGUGUGCUAAGGAGGACCUGUACAGCCCACACCCGAAGAUACAAGAUAUGUUGUGGGAUAGUCUUCAGAAGGUGGUGGAACCUCUUCUUGUGCAAUGGCCUUUCUCAAAGCUAAGACAGAAGGCUCUUCACACUGUGAUGCAACACAUCCACUAUGAAGAUGAAAACACUCGCUAUCUCUGCCUUGGCCCGGUUAAUAAGGUACUGAACAUGAUCUGUUGUUGGGUGGAGGAUCCAAAUUCAGAGGCUUAUAAGUUUCACCUUCCAAGAAUCAAAGAUUACCUAUGGGUGGCUGAAGAUGGAAUGAAAAUGCAGGGAUAUAAUGGUUCUCAAUUAUGGGAUGUCACUCUUGCUGUUCAAGCAAUCCUGGCUACCAACCUCGUGGAUGAAUAUGGUUCAAUGCUAAGAAAGGCAAACAAUUUUAUCAAAAAAGCACAAGUUAGAAUAGAGAGCUCAGGUGAUCUUAAUUACUGGUAUCGCCACAUUUCAAAGGGUGGAUGGCCUUUCUCGACUCCAGAAAAUGGUUGGAUUGUAUCGGAUUGUACAUCAGAAGCUUUGAAGGCAGCACUCUUGUUAUCAAGAAUGCCAUCUGACAUUGCUGGAGAGGCGAUAGCAAUAGAUCAACUGUACGACGCCGUUAAUGUGAUUUUAUCAUUACAGAACAACAAUGGUGGAUUUGCUUCAUACGAGCUCACAAGAUCCUAUGCAUGGUUGGAGAUUAUCAACCCGUCCGAAACGUUUGGAGAUAUUAUUAUUGAUUAUCAGUAUGUGGAAUGCACUUCAGCAGCGAUUCAGGGUCUUGUAUCAUUCAUGAGACAGCAUCCUGGACAUCGGAGGAAAGAAAUAGAAGCAUGCAUCGAAAAGGCAAUUCAUUUCAUUGAGAGCAUACAACUUGCUGAUGGCUCUUGGUAUGGGAGUUGGGGAGUUUGCUACACCUAUGCAACAUGGUUUGGAAUAAAGGGACUGGUGGCUGCUGGUAGGACAUACCAAAACAGCCACAGCAUUAGAAGAGCAUCCCAUUUCUUACUCUCCAAACAGCUUCACUCAGGCGGUUGGGGAGAGAGCUACCUUUCAUGCCAAGAUAAGGUAUACAAAAAUCUGGAAGGGGACAAAGCACACAUAGUAAAUACUGGGUGGGCUAUGUUAGCUCUCAUUGAAGCUGGCCAGGCCGAGCGAGAUCUGAUCCCCUUACAUCGGGCGGCAAAGGUGUUGAUUAAUUCACAAAUGGAAAAUGGAGAUUUUCCUCAACAGGAAAUCAUAGGAGUUUUCAACAAGAGCUGCAUGAUCAGUUAUUCAGCCUAUAGAAACAUCUUUCCCAUAUGGGCCCUUGGAGAGUAUCGCAAUCGUGUAUUGCUGACUUCAACAAAGCAGUGCUGA